GAAUUGACUACAAGACCACUACUAUCUUGUUGGAUGGCAGAAGGGUCAAGCUGGAACUCUGGGACACAUCAGGGCAAGGAAGAUUUUGCACCAUUUUCAGAUCCUACUCUAGAGGAGCCCAGGGAAUUCUCUUGGUGUACGACAUCACUAAUCGCUGGUCCUUCGAUGGGAUAGACCGAUGGAUAAAGGAAAUAGAUGAGCAUGCCCCAGGUGUUCCUCGGAUCCUGGUGGGAAACAGGCUUCACCUUGCCUUCAAGCGGCAGGUGCCAACGGAGCAGGCCCGGGCUUAUGCAGAGAAGAACUGCAUGACGUUUUUUGAGGUCAGCCCUCUGUGCAACUUCAACGUCAUAGAGUCUUUCACAGAGUUGUCCCGUAUUGUCCUCAUGCGGCACGGCAUGGAGAAGAUCUGGAGACCCAACAGAGUGUUCAGCUUACAGGACCUGUGCUGCCGAGCCAUUGUUUCCUGCACCCCAGUCCACCUCAUUGACAAGCUGCCAUUGCCUGUCACCAUCAAGAGUCACCUGAAAUCCUUCUCGAUGGCCAAUGGGAUGAACGCGGUGAUGAUGCAUGGCCGGUCAUAUUCCUUGGCCAGCAGCGGGGGUGGGAGCAGCAGCAAAGGUAACAGCUUGAAGAGAUCCAAAUCAAUUCGUCCACCCCAGAGCCCCCCACAGAACUGCUCACGCAACAACUGCAAGAUCUCUUAG